AUGGGGGAGUGGAAAAAGAGGCCGCUGCUGCUGCAGCAACUGGUGGUGCCAGUGGCGGUGCAUAUCCGGCUGUUGGCAGGGCUGUCUCUUGUGUUGCAGAGACAGCAGGGGGGGACUCGGCACAUCUGGCUGGGAGAGCUUGGACGGGGAGAGAGGGAAGCGGGGGUUGGGGCGAGGGGGGACGGGAAGGCGGGAGUUCCCCUGGGGGGGGCGGAGGGGCAGGCGGGGGGGGUGAGGGGAAAGGCGAAGAGUGGGCCGCUGUUGGGCGACAAGGCUGCAGCAGCAGCCGGGGUGAUUGUAGUGGACCAGUUCUUGGUGAAGGACGAUGCAGAGCGGCAUGCAGGCGCCAAGGCAUCUCGUGUGGGGAAGCUGCCAUCGCGCUUCACAUUCGAGACUGCAAACGACCCAUCGGAUUUCGAGGACGGCUCUCCUCUCCCUGCUGCUGCCUAUACACACCCCUCUGGGACCUCCUCCCUCCCGGCCACUGCUGCUGCUCCCGCCACCACCUCUGCUGCUUCUCUUCCUGCCGACAACCCCCCUGCUGCUGCUGCCGCCGCCGCCAUUACUGCUGGUGCCGUUGCUGGUGCUGAUUCCGGUUCUGCCCCAGCUGCCCGUACGGGUGGUUCUGUUGCUGCGCCUGCUGCCUUGUCCGUAAACACAGGAGGUGCAUCUGGUGCAGGCUCAUUUGCUGCUUCCCUUUCAAGCAGAGGCGCUCCUCCUGUGAAGACCUAUUCCGGCCAGAUACAGCCUGCACCAGGUACGCCCUCCCCACAUGAGUCCACAGGGGGCGGGGGCUUUACUGUUCAUAGAGGCCCAGGUGGAACCACAGGCAGGUUCACAGAGGUGCGGGAGGGGCGAGGGAGAGAGGAGGGGGGAAAGGAGGAGAGGUGGGGGGUGGAGCGGGUGAGAGAGGAGGAGAGGGAGCGGAGGAGAGAUGAAAGGGGGAAGGUGGAGAGGGGGAGAGAGGAGAAGGGGAAGGAGGAGAGGGGGAGAGAGGAGCGAGCGAGAGAGGAGAGAGUGAGGGGAGAGCGAGGGAAGGAGACACGGACGAGAGAUGAGAAGGCGGGCCCGAGGGAAGGAGGGGUGCUUUCCCGUGAACUGGGGAAGCCUAAGGAGGAGAGGGUGCGAGAGGAGAAGAGGAGGGAGGAGAGGAGGGAGGAGAGGAGCAAGGAGGGAGGUGGGUCCAGGGAAUUGAGAGGGCGGGAGGAGAAGGGGAAAGAGGAGAGGGGAGGAGGGGGAGCAGGAGGAGGAGGAGUAGGAGGAGGAGGAGGAGGAGGAGGAGGAGGAGGAGGAGGAGGAGGAGGAGGAGGAGGAGGAGGAGGGGGAGGAGGAGGAGGAGGAGGAGGAGGAGGAGGAGGAGGAGGAGGAGGAGGAGGAGGAGGAGGAGGAGGAGGAGGAGGGGGUGGGGGAGGGGCAGGAGGAGGAGGGGGAGCAACAGUGGCAGGGCGGGCAGGCGUGCAGCAGAAGGGGCGGUUCUCAGUGACGACAGACGACUCGGACGACGAGGAGGAGAGCAUGGGCCUGGCGCCCAUUGUGCUGCGCAGCUCGCUCAUGCAACGCCCGCCAGGCCAACAACAGCCGGCUGCUGGAGGGGGCAUAGUGCCGCCCAACCGCCCUCCCACGCCCUCCCAUGGGGCGCCUGCUGCUGCUGCUGGGUCCUCCCACCUCCCUUCCUUCAGAAAGGAUUCCAUGGCGUCUGCAAGCGGGCCGCUGUCCGCUGCAGCAGCACCCUCCCCUCGUACCUCCUCCACAUCCUCCUCCUCCUCGGGCCCCCUCCCCUCCCUCCACUCCUCGUCCUCCUCCUCCUCCCUCAUCUCUGCUGCUCCCCUCACUCCCUCAAAAGGGAAUCCAAUUGCGUCUGUGCCAGGGGCAGCAGCAGCAGCAGCAGGGACAGGGACAGGGGCAGCAAGAGUGGGUACAGCAGCGGCUGUAGCAGCAGCAGGGGCGGGUGGAUUGGUGAAGGUGCAGCUGGGGCAGCAGGGCACUCGGCGGACUUCAGUGCAGGUCUCCUCCUCUCCCACUUCGGCCCACUCCACUCCCACAACACCAGCUGCAGCAGCAGCACCAGCAGCAGCAGGUGGGGGAGCAGGUUCAGGGUUGCUUGUGACUCCUCGCACGAGGAGACACCUCAACGCACAGCAGCAGCAGCAGCAAAGCCUGCUACAAAGGCAGCAGCUGCAGAACCAGCAGCAGCAAAUGCAGCUUCUGUUGCAGCAGCAGCAGCAGCAGCAGCAGCAGCAGCAGCAGCAGUUGUUGCAUCGGCGGUCGUCCGUCUCAUCGUCUCGCACCCAGCCAUCGAGCCCGUCUGUGGCGUCCCUCAGGCCAGUGAAGGGUGUCGUCCUUUCCUCCUCCUCCUUCUCCUCCGCCUCCCUCGCUCGCUCCCUGCUGCCGCCCUCCUCCAUGCCCUCCCUCUCCUUCAUGCUCCAAAGCAUAUCAAACCAGCCGUCCAGUCGGGCCUCCCUGCCAUCGGUGCACUCGCUGCCCUCCACCAUCCUCUCUGCGCCUGCUCGCUCCUCUGCCUCCUCUGCCUCUGCUGUCUCCGAUGCUCUUAUUGUGGUUCCCCACUUGAGAGCGUUACUCAGGCAUGCUUCGGAGCAGCAGGAGGUGCUCUUCACACUCAUCAAAGAGCUCUCAGACGCACAUCCAGAGAUUAAGAAUCCAGAGCAGUCAGCAGCGCUGCUGGGAGGCAUCAAGGUGGAGCUGCCAUCAGAGAGGGAGCGCGAGCUGAUGCAGCAGAUAGCGGAGAUGAGGUGCAAGGUGGCCACGCUGGUGGAUAAUGUUAUCACCUACCGCAAGCGCAACGCGCAGUUAGAGAAGCAGGUGGCGGCAUUUCAGCAGAGGAAGGAGGAGAGAGAAAGGCAGGGCGUGGUGCUGAGACGAGGGAGGUGA